AUGAGGUGCAAAAUUGCUGGCAAGAAGCAUAUCAAUCAACUAUCUGAUGGAGAAAUUAUAAGUGAUGAAGAGCCUCCUACAAAGCUUAGAAAGUGUGAUUCUGGGAUUUUGAAUCCAUUCAUCAUCAGCUCACCCGAAGCAAAAGUUGACGAAACAAACCACAGCAUGGAGAACGCUUCAAAUUAUUCAACACCAAGUUCAUCCGACAACGAAAGCGAGUAUUCGACAGAUACUGAAAGUGACUCGUCAACUGAAAUACAAGACAAAGAUGAUGGUCAGUCAUACAAUGCGGCGCCAAUAAUCAAAGAUUUCGGAUCGGCAACGUAUAACUUUGGCGGUCACAAAAUUCCUCCGGACAAUUUUCGGGACAUACCGGUAAUACCUCGACCGAAUGUGGAUUUACUUCCCAAUGAAGAUCCAUUUGUCAGAGCAAACAAUACGGACAGGCCUUACGAUAAGUAA